AGAAGGAUGGCCGAUAGUGGGGCACCCGGGCCGACGGGAUCGGCCGGUACUGGUGGUGGGCCACCGAACCGUGGCAACACUGGUACCGUGAUGCCGGGCCCUGGAGGACAUCUGGUAUCCCACGGGCGUCCGGCACCACCGCCACAUUCUACACUACCCAAACCGGGGUCUAAUUCGGUCAUCGUGGGCGGUCUGGUGAACGGUCCGAGGAUUGUGAUCCUUCACCGUUAUAAUGGUGAUUUCGGAUUCACUCUGCGUCAUUUCAUCGUCUAUCCACCGGAGUCUCUUACGGACAAUACGGUCAACCCGUUAACUAUUGCGGGCGUGCUGAACUUUGUCCAGCCGAUGGACACGGUGUUUGUGAAGAAGGUGCACCCGAACUCGCCGGCUUAUUUGGCUGGCUUGCAGGAAGGUGACCGGUUGCUGGCGGUGAAUGGCGUCCCGGUUACCUCCAUACCGUACUCGCAGGUUGUGGCUACGAUUCAGCAAACUCCGAAAACGCUCACCCUGCAGGUGGUUCCGAAAAACUACGACAUACUGCAAACGUUCUUCCGCGAAACCGCUCACAACCCGGAAACGAACCAGCGUCCGCAACCGCAACAACCGUACAGACCGAAACCGUCCGUAAUGGCGGCUGGGACGUACCCGAAAUCGAGACCAGCACCACCGCCGCCACCACCACGCCACUCGCUCACGGUGGAGGGCGUGCAGGAAAAGCAGGAAUCGCUGUACAGCACGCUGCAAGAGAUCGUGGCGGACAAUGUCGUCCCACCACAACCGGGACCGAAGGGCGUGACACUGCACGUCGAUCUGCCAAAGAUGAUGAACCAUCCACCAUCGUCCAACGCCGGUGUGCCGAUGGUUCCGCACCGUAUGCAUGUGCAGAAGCCGCUCGCGCCGAUGAUCGCACCGAAACCGGUACCGAUGCCGUACGAGCAGCAUCAUUACAUGAAUCUCCACCAGCAAGAGCAUCAGGUGCAGAAGCAGCAGCAAUUUCUGCAGAAAACGGUCCCUCACAGCAAGGAGGGAGCUGAGUCGAUGCCGGGGGCUGGUGAAGUUGGUUAUGUGCCGCUUGGCGAGGGCGACAGUGCCAUCAUGUCCCGAUUGCGCAAAAGUCUGGAGCAGAAGGAAGAAUUCCUACGCCGUCCACCGGUCGCCGUACAGGGUGCUGCACCGGCAGGCGGACCGAUUGUACCAGCCCAACCCGCGAACAAUGGCCUACCGGCUGGGCACGAUGUGCAGCAGCGUGAGUUCUACGCACGCCCGAACCGUCUGCAGAAGUCCGUAUGGCCACCGAACGCAGCUAACGCAGCUGCUGCGUCCGGUGGAUCAGCUGGAAUGGCCGGAUUUCCGAUGCCAGAUAGCAACAAAGCUACCGCGGGUGGUUUAGCCUCACCACCGUCGGCCAUCUCGAGCGUGGUCUCCUCCGCACCAUCGCAAUCUGGUACCGGUGCGAUCGCCAAACCGAUGGUCAGCUCCAGCAACAUGCUACGGGAGCAUGCGUCUCAGCUGUCCGCUAUACGGGAGCAUUUCUUUACCAGCGGUAUCGGUGGUUCGCUGCAGAUGCCACCGAAAUCGGCACCACCAUCGCUGGCGAUUGCUCCGGCCGCCAUUACGACGACUGCUGGACCAUCUUCCCCGACCGGAGGCGCUACUGUUCCGCUGUCGCCGCACAGCAUGCAUGCCGUGUCGGAGAAGGCCAAACUGUUCGAGUCGGGCCGUCCAUUGUCACCGGAAGGGAUCGAUCGGAUGGAUCUCUACAAGAGUGAGCUGAGCCGAAUCAACACGAAACAGGUCGUACCGAAUGUGGCCGUGCGUAGGAAAGAAUUCGAACUGAAGGCCGAAAGUACUGGCUGGCGCAAGUCCAUCGAAGACAAGCCCCGUUCAGUAAGCUCUGAUUCGGAAUCCAGACGCACACCGGUCCGUCUACGGUCACUCUCGGUCGAGUCGAACACUACGCGCGAUUCGCGACAUUCACUCGCCAGCACGCUAAUGCUCACGAACGAACCGUACGAGCUGAACGACAAGGAUAAGGAAAACCAGCAGCACACGGCACCGCCGGUCCCAAUGAUGCGCCAGAAGCCGAUCCGGGACGAUUCGUAUCGCAAUGCUGUCCGCAACUCGACAGCAUUCUGGUUGCAAGGAACACCGUCGGGAACGUCCGCACCGGCAGCAACAGCGCCAUCACUCGAGGGAAGUUCUUCCGUCACGUCGGUUGCGUCACUGACGUCGGACAGUGAGCCGUCCGGUUUGGUGCGUCCGAUACCACCGGCCCGCACGUAUGCCGCCGCACACCGACUACAGCAUCCCCUGUCGGCGGCGGAUACGGAGCAGAUGCGGAUGAAGAUGCUGCACCGCAACCAGACGAUUGUUGUGCUGCGUCACUUCCUGGCCGGGGACGGUGACGGUGGUGUUGAUGGUGCGGUCGGUGGUGAUGUGGAGAUGUUUAACCGUCCACCGCUUACCUCGCCAUCACUCGCACCACUCUCACCGCUUACGGUUGCGUCGACCGUUACGAGUACUUCGUCGGUACCGCUGACGAAUCUCGUAGCGCUCGAAAAUCAGGGCGCUGGUGCAAUGGGAGCCACACCAUCGGCACCACCAUCCACACCAACAGCAGCAUCAGCCUUUCGUCAAGGGACCGCUCCGAUCCGUCCUACAACGCUCAACCUUUGCACAGAUGGUUCAGUACCGCCGGUGGUAAUGCGUCAGAAGCAACCGCACCAUCCACUGCUGCUGGAGGACGAUGAGCGCAAGAUGCGCCGGAUUUCAUAUCUACGUGCGACCGCACACGACAACCUGUUCCAGAUGCUGGAGAGCGAUGCGGACAGUAGCCCAAUGUCGUUGCCACCAGCCGACACACCGGACACCGAUGCCGCGGAACCGCCGGUCAUCGAAUCGCCCAGCCUGCCGACGGCUGUGGCCGACGAUUCUACUGGGCCCACGGGCAAGAUGCAACCGCAGCAGCUCAAGAGUGCCUAUCGUCCCUGGCGAAGGCCUCGUCUUACAACCGACAUUCAGCCGCUGCGCCGUCUGUUCGACCCCGAGUCAUCCGAUUCGACCGCACUUCCACCAAUCCUUGAAACCGAACCCGCCGGACCAUCCGCCGAACCUGGCACGAAAAAGCGUUCCCGUCCCCGUCGUACCCCUCGCCCACCGCAAGCCCAUCGACGCGACGUUGGCGACGACGCUGACGACGAUGACGACGAUGAGGACGAGGACGACGAGGAGGACCAGGCCGGUGCUGCGUCGCGCACCCGGCCCACACCGCCAGCCGUCCCGAAGGGUCGAUCGGCUUCCCUGAUCACGACCACCCCGCUCGGGGCCGGCAGUGGCCGACUGUUUGGGGCGGCGGCGGGCAGCCUUGGCAAUCUGCACGUCAUCACCACAACGACGGCGGGCGGAGUCGUCACACGCAACUACUUCUUCGCCCAGAGCCACGGCGCCAAAUCGAAAGCACUGGCCCACUUCCGGGACGGAACAGCCGACCACACCGAACCGUUGGCGCGGGAAGGCGAACUGCACGUAAAGGUGACGCUGAUCGACGGCAAGCGUUCGGCGGACCGUAGCUGGCGCACCGUACAUGCCGAGCUGCGCGGACACCAUCUGACGCUGACGCUGGUACGCGAAGGCAAGAGCUCGAACCAGAGUCCGGAACCAUGCGGUACGAUAGAUUUGACAAACUUCCACGUGACGGAAGGAAACUACACGAAGCGCAAGAACGUGUUCAAGCUGACGACGGCAGUUGGAUCGUACUGCCCGAUGGAGGCGGCUGCCGUUGCUGGUUUCGGACACGUCGAGGUACACCGUACACAGUCCGCAUCCGGGUUAGCCAAUGUUGGCGGUGCGGGCAGUACCUGUGGGUCGUCUAUUCGCAGCACGUCCACCGUUGGGCUGCCGGGCUCGGAACGUGAGCUGUUGCUGCAGGCCGACAGUCACAGUGACAUGCAGCAGUGGAUGGAGUCGUUGCGGCUCGUCUGCGGUGGAGGCAGUACCAGCCAGCUGCACAGUCCGGACUACCUAAGCGGACGUGGAGGACAGCAGGCAGAACCACAGCGCAUCGCUGCACAGACAAGCGUACAGGUGCACGGUGGAAGUGUGACCGGUGGUGGCAACAGUGGUGACGACUACUCUCCAGUACUGCCAGCAAAAUCGCACCGCAAGUAUGCAAUCGGAUCGCGCUCCCCAUCCGGCCAAUCGCCAGUUACGAAGAGCCGCAAAACACCGCAGACCGGUUGUGGCUCACCAACAGGCAGCGCGGACCAAGCGAUCGUGUCGAUACCGGGCGCCACCAAUCAACAGGACCGCUCGCAGUACCACAAUCAACUUCACCAUCAACCGCAGCAUCUAACGCUGCAACAGCAGCAACACUUUGCCGGUACCAAGGAUAGCUCCGAUCGUGAAAGUGGUUCGCCGAAGUCGAAAACCUGGAAGGGCAUUGUGGCCCGCCAGUUCCGCAAGAUGCAGGGACAGCCGCCCGGUUCGCCGUCCGCCACUAGCGGAUCCGAGCUGCUCGCUCUGCCGGACGGUGCCUCGAUCAAUGUGCCACUGCAACAGUGUCCCGUGUCGGAGGAGAACCCGUACGUGCCGCUCGUACUGGCCAAGUGUACCGGUAUCGUCGAAUCGAAGGGUCUCGGCGUGGUCGGUAUCUACCGCAUCCCGGGCAAUACGGCUGCCAUUACGCAGCUGACGGAAACGAUCAACCGUGGGCUGGACGAAACUGCGCUGCGCGAUGCACGCUGGGAGGACGUUAAUGUCGUGUCCUCACUGCUCAAAUCGUUCAUACGCAAUCUGCCGGAACCGCUGCUACCGAACGAGCUGUACGGCGGUUUCAUUGCCGCGGACAAGCUGAGCGGACAGCGACGGCUAACCGAGCUGCGCCAACUGUUGCGCCGUGUACCGCCGAUGAACUACGAAACGCUGAAGCAUCUGAUGCGCCAUCUGCACCGAAUCAGUGCACACAGCGAGGUGAACCUGAUGGAUCCACGUAAUCUGGCCAUCGUGUUCGGACCGUCCGUAGUGCGGUCCGCUAACGAGUCGCUCGAAACGGCCGUCAAGGAUAUGCGCCACCAGUGCCAGAUCGUCGAAGUGCUUAUCAACUACUACGAAUACUUCUUUGAGGAUGGGCUGCUGCCGAGCGUGGACGAGAGCAAAAAUGGCACCGGUACCAUAAUUGAUUCUGGGCUUGAGGUGCCAUCAACUUCACUGCUGCUCGAUAACGUUUCCAAGCUCGAACCGUUUAAGGAGCAAUCCAAGGAGAGUACCUCCGGCUUUGUGGCCAACAUUGUACAGGCAGCGAACCGAAAGAUUCGUCGUACGGCACAGCGUAAGAGUACCAUGUCCUCGACCACUCCCGAUACACUCUCGCUCGACAGCACCACGUCGGCGGAAUCGAAGGAGCAGUCGUCACGCGUCAUCCGACGCUAUCUGGAACUGGGACCGAAGGGCGGUACGACUAUGAGUGUCGGUGCGGGCGGUGGCUCCGAUCGGGCCCUGCAAACCGUGCACGACAAUACCGGACCGAUUGCCGUCCGUGGUCCGCGCUCGGUUGGUGCGGUCGGAUCGGGUGGAUCCGAACCGUCAACCGAGGACAGUCUGAUGCAGCUGCAACAUCAUCACCAUCAUCACCAUCACCAUUACUAUCAUGGUAGUGGUGGUGGUGGUGUUGGUGGGCGGCACCAUAGCAGCCAGAGCAAUGACGACGCGUCAUCAGUAUUAAAUCGCUCUUCCGAGGAUGACUCGAACGACAGUGCCUUCGCCGACAACGGUUCCAUGUCGUUGAAGACGGUGACUAUCGCGCUGGACAACAAGCUGCGCUCGUUGCGCGACUCGUCGAUCGAUUCGGACCGGGACCAAACGCAGGAGAGCGAUGGUGAUCUCAGCGGCGGGAAUGCCGGCUACGGUAAUGGGCGACACUCGCUGCACCAGCAGUGGAGCCACAUGGGCCGGUCGCCGCGCCCGCUAACGCUGGGCGAGAACAUCCCGUACGCGGACGAAUCGCCGGAGCGGCCACUCAUACAGGGUCGCGCGAAACCGCAGCGCACACUGACGAUCGUCGGUAGCAACAACAACAACAAUCAUGAGGACAGUAACGUGGCAACGAUCGCACCGGCGAAGCAACAGCUGAAGAAAGCGCUGACGUCACACUCGCAGAAAUCGAUCGAUAGUGGCGGUACGGUAAACUCCAGCACCAACAACAGCUGCCUGACGCUGGUAAACGAAGCCGAUGCAACGCUCGACGGUGUUCUCACCGUUGGUGGUGAUGGGGAAGGUGGGGGUGGUGGUGAGGUGGCACACGAGCCGGAUGAAAACGGGCAGCAGCAGCAGCAGCAACAGCAGCCGUCGGUCGGCAAGGGCCGCAACGUGUCGCUCAGCUCGGACGAAACGGACACGUCGACGACGAGCAAUCCGCGCGAGAAGCUGACGGCCGCCACGUACCGCAUCGAUACCGAGAAGCUGAAAAAGAUGAACCGCAUCCUGACGCAGCUGGAACGCAAAGCCAACAAUCUCGAGCGCAAGUUCAAUCUGAACCGCUCGCUGUCGCUCAACUACAAAUCGCCCAAAGCCGUGGACUGUUGCUGCUCGCAUCACGCCCUUCCGGUGACGCAUUCCGCCCAGCAGCAGCAGGCACACUGCUGCCAGCAUCAGCAGCACAUCAGCAACAACAUCAACAAUAACAACAGCACGAGCUGUCACAAUCACAAUGGUAGUGUGGGUGGUAUCGGUGGCACUAUCGUGAGCCUACGCUCACGGUUCUCCCUUACCAAGGAUGAGAAGACGGACAAAAACAUUAACCGCCGCCGGCAGAUACACGACACGUCGGUCGUUACGUCCCAUCCGGGCGGCGGUGCAACAUCGGCCGGUGGUUGCGUCGCAGCGGGCAAUGGGAAUGCCAGCGGUAGCAACGACAGUAGCAGCUGCUCCGGUGAACCGUGCGGUCCACAGAUCAUACUAACACCGGCCGUACCACCGGCGACGAGUGCCACUGCACGGCAACGGCGCCAUGUUGGCAGUCGAUCGAUACGCCGUCGGCACACGGUCGGCGGUACGCACGAUUACUACUCGAACAAAAUGAACGGCCAGCAUCAUCACCAUCAUCAUCACGCACACCACCACCCACACAACCAUCAUCAUGCCGGGCCGGGUUGUUGCCCUGUGCCGCAGAACUGA